AUGCCUGGCAGUCCUACUUCCUCCAUCCAUAGAACCCAGGAAGUGUUUCCCUCUAGAUCACAAUCAUCUAUUUCGGAUAACCCUUCUAAUUGGUCUCCAAAUCAAUCAACAUCAGCUCCUCACAUUGAUCCAGCAAUUCUUUUUCAAGAUUUGGCUCAGCAACCUGUUUCUCAACUUGCAGUUUCUACUCCUGUUCCAGGUCUUAGCACUAGCACUAACCCAGAUUCCCAGCCUAUUCCUCCUAUUCCAGGAGAUUUUUCCAACCUGCAAUUGCCACCAACGUUUGGAGUUCUUAUUGCAGAAGCCAUCAAAUCUAGUCCAGUUCAAUGCCUUCCUCAACUGUCUGCUACUUCCUCUGCUGGUGUUCAGACACACCACAGUUUUCACAGGCCAGACUUGUCUGUCUCUGAACAAGGUGGCCAGCAUUCCCCAGACCAAUCAGAACAUGAUUCCAUAUUUGAAGAAGGAAUCCCUCCAGUUGAUGCCCUUUCAGAGGAUGAGGGCCUGGAUAUCGACCAGCCUCCUUUUGUAGGUCUGUUUAAGCCUCAACUUUUCAAAUCUCUCCUUUAUAAGGCACAGGUUUCUACUGGCUUAGGAGAUGUUUCCUCUUCCAAGAACCGUUUUCCAACAGGGGAAGGUCCCUCAGGUUCACCAUCGGAACCUUCCACUUCUAAUGAUAUGGUCCCAGCACCUAAACUUUUCACUGAAGUGGUGCAACGCCAAUGGGUGGUUCCAGGAUCUGGUCCAUUUCCUAAUACCAUUGAUAAACGUCUCUACCAUAUGGCACCAGAGAUGUCCAGCCUUUUACAGGUUCCCACAGUAGACGCUCCUGUAGUAGCUCUAGCGUCGUCCACUCAUUUCACGGGGCCUCCUGAGGAAUCCCUCCGUCCUGAAGUCAAACGGGCUGAGAAAGUGUUAGUGAAAGGUCAUCAAGCGGUGGCCUGGUCAGUCAAAGCAGCUGCUUCUGCCUCCUUUUUCAACAGAGCCACCAUCAUCUGGCUCAAACAAUUACAAGCGAGAACCCCUUCUGCUGAUAUUCGAUCUCACCAGGACCUCAAUAAGACUAGCCGCACUGGAAUAUUCCGCAGAUGCCACACUCAAUGCGACCAGAUUUGCGUCUAAGGCAGUGGAGUCCAUCACCACUUCCCGCAGAUUAUUGUGGCUCAGGAAUUGGCAAGCAGAUAAUAGAAAUAAAUGGAGACUAGCUUCUUCUCCUUUCUCAGGUAAUAAAUUGUUUGGUGCUUCAUUAGAUCCAAUUCUCAUUGAAUAAGUGGAAGAUCCUCCCCUCUCUUUCACGACGCACAGAGACUCGACCUUCAUCAUAUACUCGCCAGCAGUCCUUUCAUCAGUCAGACUUAUCAUUCUACCAGCCCAGACCUCAAAGACCUUUUCACUCCAGAGGAAAUUUUGCCCAGGAAGGCCAGGUCAGAUCCAAUCCCAAAUACCCUUCCAAGAAGUCUUUCAGGGGGGGCAGGGGUAGGGGAUUUUGCAGAAAUAGAUAAUUCCCUCUCUGCCCUUCCCAUUGGCGGCAGGCUUACCCAUUUUGCCGAUCAAUGGGAUCUUUCAAUUUCGGAUGCUUGGGUUAGACACACAAUUCAGUUUGGACUUUUCCUAGAAUUCCUCUCCCCCCCUCCGAGGAUUUUCAUACCAUGUCCAGUUUCCCGCAACAGGGCUGACAGGAUGAUUACAGAAGAAGCCAUCACUCAUCUUUUACAAAUAAAUGCCAUUCAGAAGUUUCCUUCCCCCCAACGGGGUCAAGGUUUCUAUUCACGUCUCUUUGUGGUACGCAAAUCCUCGGGGGGGCUGGAGAGCAAUCCUUGAUCUCAAAUCACUAAAUCGUUAUGUUUCGUAUCAUAAAUUUAAAAUGCAGUCUCUUCAAUCCAUUUUGGAUUCCAUUAGACCGGGUGAUUUCCUAUCUUCCAUUGACCUCACGGAGGCUUACCUCCACAUUCCCAUAGCUCAGGAACAUAGGAAAUUCCUUAGGUUCUUCUACAAGGGUGAUCAUUACCAAUAUUCUGCCUUGCCCUUUGGGUUGUCUUCGGCACCCAGAGUGUUCUCCAAGGUGCUAGGAGCUUUAAUUGGCUACAUACGCUCCAGACCUACUCGAAUUCAAUUCUACCUCAAUGACAUCCUUAUACUUUCUAAUUUGGCUCCGACAGCUCGUUCUGACCUGUCUUACACCAUACAAAUUCUCCAACUUCACGGGUUCUCCAUAAAUUGGGAGAAAAGUCACCUUUCGCCCUCCACAAGACUUCUGCAUUUGGGGGCGGAAAUUGACAUGACUCUAUCCAUCGUAUAUCUUUCCCAAGAAUGUCAGGAUAGUCUGAAACAGCUAGCAGAACAAACCAUUUGAGCUAGUUCAGUAUCUCUUAAAUCCCUUUUACAAUUAUUGGGCAAGAUGCUUUCUACCUUUGGUAUUGUUCCCUGGUCUCGUCUCCACAGCAGGGAGCUGCAGUGGAUGCUUGUUCCGUACCAAAAACGACAACUGGCCAAUUCUCUGGCACUGGUUCAUCUCCCUCAAUCGGUACGCAUAUCGCUUCAAUGGUGGACUACAGAGACCAAUUCCAGAGGGAUCAGGUUCAGAGAAUCAGUCAGAUUCACUCUCACCACCGAUGCAAGUCUCACAGGAUGGGGAGCACAUCUUGGACAUCACAUAGCUCAGGGUACAUGGUCCCUUCACGAACAGUCCCUCCCUAUCAAUCUACUAGAAUUAAGGGCCAUUUUCCUAGCCCUGUUGCACUUCAGCAAACAGGUAGCAGGACAAGAUAUUUUGAUCCUCACAGACAAUGUAUCAGCGAAGGUCCACAUCAACAAGUGGGGAGGGACUCACUCAAAAUCACUCAUGAGAGAGACCUUCAAACUAGGUCUAUGGGCAGAACGUCACCUCCUUUCCAUUUGAGCGGAUCACAUGUCAGGAGAGGCCAACAUUCAUGCAGAUGCCCUAAGUAGACAGAGGAUAGACCACACAGAAUGGAGUCUUCCUCCCGAUCUCUUCAUGGAAAUAGUUCAACGAUUCGGUACUCCAGAAGUAGAUCUGUUCACUUCAGAGAACAAUCACCAGCUUCCAUGGUAUUUCACCAGAUUUCAUUCCCCCAGAGCCGAGGGGGUGAAUGCUCUUCGCUGCCCUUGGCCGCUGGGCCUCCUUUAUGCGUUCCCUCCUAUUCCGCUAAUUCACAGGGUAAUCCGCAAACUAUUGGAAGAGAAGGCAGAGUUGAUCCUGGUGGCUCCACACUGGCCACAGAGACCAUGGUUUGCAGAUCUGUUAGCUCUAUUGAUCACCAGACACUGGAGGAUUCCAGAUGACAAGAUACAACUGCUACAAGGGACUCUGUCACACCCGGAGCCUCAAUGGUUUCAAUUAACCGUUUGGAGGCUGAGUGGGACAUAUUAGUUCGAUUCCACAUUCCUUCUGAGGCUAUUCCUACCAUUCAAGCCUCUCGUCGUUCUUCCACACUCAGAAUUUAGCAGAUGACUUGGUGAAGUUUCGUUAGGUGGUGUCGAAAAAAAGGUUUCACCAACGCAAGCAGAGGUUCCUCAUAUCAGCUCUUGCAGGAAGGUUUAGAUUCUGGUUUAUCGUCCAACACCCUUCGACAACAGGUGGCAGCAAUAUCUUCAGUACUCACCUGUACCACAUCUGAUUCUUUGGCUAUUCAUCCAAUCAUUCGCAGAUUUCUUCGAGGAGCCUCUAAUCUUCGCCCACCCAUGGUUCACAGAUACCCAUUUUGGGAUCUCAAUAAGGUCCUCUCUGCCUUGACAAAGCAGCCAUUUGAACCUAACUCUGAAAGUUUGCUUCCUGAUAGCCAUCACGUCAGCUCGUCGUAUUUCAGAGCUAGCUGCACUUUCUAUCCACAAAGACCUUUGCAUUUUCCAUCCUGACCGGGUUGUCUUACGUCUGGAUCCCACCUUCAUGCCCAAAAUUAAUUCCCUUUUCCACCGCUCACAAGAACUUGUUCUUCCUAACUUUUGUCCCAAUCCAUCUCACCAUCUAGAAGUUCUAUGGCACACCUUGGAUGUCCGCCGUGCUAUAAAGAUUUAUCUACAACGCACUUCAACUUUUAGGAAGACGGAAGCGCUCUUUGUCCCCUUCCUUCCUGCAUCAUUGGGACUUAAGGUCUCAGGUCCUACUAUCGGUAGGUGGAUCAAAUCAACCAUUGCCGACAUCUACCCACCCAAACGGACAACGAGCUUUGGUAUGUCCCAUCAUCCUGACUGCCGUUUCUCACCAGGGUGGAGAAUGGGGCGUUGGACUUACCAGACAUGCCCUUUCUCAUGACGGUGAAAAUGGCAGUAAGCCCCUCCCUACAUGGGCCAGCCACCAGCUGAGGAGGAGUGGGAGGGAAAUCACUGUUUUUAAUUUCAGAAAGACACGCCAGUCUGCAAUAGUCCCUUCGCAAAAACUGGAGCCCAGGAGGAAGAGGUGGGGCUUAAACAGUUGCAGACUCGGUCCUUCAAUCUUGACGGACAGGUCAACCCCAUCAUCCUGACUGCCGUUUUCACCGUCGUGAGAAAGGGUGUGUCAGGUAAGUCCAACGCCCCAUUUUCUCAGUUUUCCUAGUUUUUGCUUUAUAGAAGACCAAUGAAGUGAGAUACAGUGGCCGAAGUAAUAUGAUGAAAGUUUCUUCAGGUUUCAUUAAACAUUAUUGAGCUUGAGCUUCUGAAUACAGCUUCAUCACUGACAUUUUUUUUUACGUUUUUAAAAUCAGGAAUCCCUUUGUCCCAAGGCUCAGUGCUCUUCUAUUAUAGCUUGCUUGAGGUAAAAGUGGCUUGGUGGAUAUGUACCUCAUCUGCAAAGAGAUGAUGAGAUGAAGAAAACUUUCUCUGAUCCUGGAGAAAGCAAUUUCCCCACAGUGCCUCUUUAGAGAAAGAGAGGAACAGGUGAAGUACAGAAAGACACUACAUUUCUUCCAUUUUCCUCACAUCUUCCUUUUUUCUAUUUCUUGGUCACAUUUCAUAACUAAAUGAUACACCGCUAGGAUUUACAAGCAGUCCUCGACAGGGGUGGGAUCCUACCGGUUUAACAACCGGUUCACUAGGCACAUCCGAACUGGUAGAAUCCCACCCUUGCAUGUAGGAAUAAUGAGGAAAAGGAAAUUUAGUUUAUUAAUGAGCAACCUGCAUUCCAAUAAAGUUAAAACUGUGGAUACUUAACAAAACUGUGCUGUUUUGGCUGCCUAUGUAUUCAAAGAAUUAAUUUCAUGCGUGUAUAUACAUGCAAGAAACUAAUUCUUUAUAUUCAUAUUAUAUAUAAUUUGCCAAUUCUCAGAUAUGUUGAACUACAUUUGAAUAUUUUUGAAUUUUAGAUAAUUACUUUGUGAAUAGAAAAAGUGGUAAAUAUUACUGGACCGAGAGGGGAAUGUUACGCCUUAAUAGAAUUUGGAUGCAAUUGAUCAUAGGGAGAAAAUAGACUCACUGCUUAUUGAAAUUCUGAAGGUGGGUUUUCUCUUUGACUAAAACGUAGCGCCUCACUCUUUAAAAACAUUUUUCCAUAAUAGAGAGAAUUUAUUGCAUAGCAGAAUGAGACUCUUUAGAUUUCUAAUAACCUUGGCCAGCUUAGACUGUUUAUUUUGGAAUUGCCUGAGUCGUGAUAAUGCCAGAAGUAAAAAUACUGGAAUUGUCUCUUGCUAGAUUUGUCGGAGGGCAGGCCUAGUGUAUUUCUAAUAGAAAACACAGAUUAAACCCCCACAUUUAGAAACCUCAGCUCCUGUUUCUAACUCUAUCAGCAGGGGUUGAGAUGACUCUUUUCCCUCCCAAGUCCUAAUUACUUAUGUGAGAUGCUACUAGCUUUAGCGUUCCUGUUGAGAGAAAAAUAUAUUUCUAUAUUUGUUCCCUCCUUCAUCUUCAUAUUAUCAUGCUGGUGCAUCCUAUUCUUAGCAACUGUGCCAAUGUAGGAGCUGUUUGCAACAGUAAAACUGUUUUGAGAGUGUGGAAACUUUGUAUACUGAUCAUUGGGUUGUUUUGGAGUGAGGGGAAAAAUAUACAUACGGAUAUGCUAGGAAAUUAUCAUUGGCCACCGUUUUUUUUUUUAUAGAGAGAAAAGAUCCUUGUACUGAUGGUAGUUAGGACUGUUUACUUUUGUGGGGUUUUCUGGGCGACACUUAUAAAUAUCCAAUAAAAUUAUUUUCACUUAGAGCAAAUUCAAAAUAGCUGAAACAAGCAUAUCUAAAAUAAAAUGGUAUGGUAAUCAACUAAUCCUUCUCAUUCACUCCUAACAGUAAAGCGGAGAAAUUGCUAGUCACUAUCCACAUACCAAAAUCAGUUCUCAGGGUAAGUUUAUGAUCAGUGAGGGACCUAAACAUUUAAGCAUAUCAUUAGAAGGCAACACAAAGGUCAUCUAAUCUAGUCUCUUGCACUGCAACAUAUCUAGUGUUACAACAUUCCUAAUAUAGCUAUCCAGACUUUGCUUUAAAACCCUUAAUGAUUAUGAUUACAACUAUUCCACUUUCUAAAACAGACUGUUCCCUUCUUAAACAAUUAAUUCUCUUAAUUGCUUUCUAAUGUUUUCCUGAAUUCUUUUUCUUGUAAUUUGCUGUUAUCUAAACCUUUCCUUUGAAGCAACGAUUUCAUUGUAUGUGACCUAUCCUUCAAAUAAAUGAUACAUCUUUUUAACAGUCUCAUCUCCAAGUGAAACAGCAAUUCUGUCAAGCUUUUCCUAAUACCAGUUAGCCAGAAAGUACCCUGUCAUCUUUGCCUCCAUGCUGUGGGAUAUAUUUUAAUUUAUCAGUCUUGUUCCUAAACUAUAGUGUCCCCUGAAGUGAACAGCAGAAUAACAUAAUAAACGUUUCAUGAUUGAAAUGCAGCCUUUUUGUUGACGUGGCCUACAGUGUGCAGCUUUCUAAGGAAAGAGAGAACAGUUAAACUGGAACGUUCAUUUAUUUUCCUCUUGUUUACAUUAACGUAAGUUGAUCAUUUGUAACAAAAGAACAAAGAAAAAUAUCAACAAUACAACAAAGGGGAAAAAACACAAAAAACACUCUUUUUAUUACUCAAAGACAUUGCUCUGUCUUUCAAGUCUUGAAAAGUUCAACAAUUUUAGGUAAAGGUAAAGGUUCUCCUCGCACAUACGUGCUAGUCGUUGCCAACUCUAGGGGGCGGUGCUCAUCUCGGUUUCAAAGCCGAAGAGCCAGCGCUGUCCGAAGACGUCUCCGUGGUCAUGUGGCCGGCAUGACUCAACGCCAAAGGCGCACGGAAUGCUCUUACCUUCCCACCAAGGUGGUCCCUAUUUUUUCUACUUGCAUUUUUACGUGCUUUCGAAACUGCUAGUAUUGCAGUACUUGCAGUACUGCUGGGAUAAGUAAUGGGAGCUCACCCCAUUACACGGCAGCACUAGGGAUUCGAACCGCUGAGCUGCCGACCUUUCGAUCGACAAGCUCAAUGUCUUAGUCCCUGAGCCACCAUGUCCCCUUCAACAAUUUUAAGCUCUAGAAUUAAAUAGGCUAAUAGGGAGCAUUACAUGAGAAGUGGACCCUUAGUUUAAAAGCUUGGGAGACUGAAGCCAGUCAGAAUGGUUUCCGGUAAAACUGCAUGACCUAGGAAUUGACCUAGGAAUGUAUCUGGCUGUCCACAAAAGUUGCAUUGAAGUGAAUGUUGUCUGUGCCAGGGCAAUGUUUGAAAGGUGCUACAUCUUUCCACUCUGUCAUUAUUCAUAUGCACUUAGCAUGUGUACACUGUCAUAGCUCUCAUCUAAUACAUGUGCCUUGGCAGUGCCCAAGUUAAGAAACACUGGUGAAGCUGUUGAAUUCUGAUGAGCUCCAGUUAGGCCUUGAGUCUUUCCUUAUACAGUGCCUCAAUGGGUGAGCCCUUUUUAGGAGUCCCCAUUGGAAUGAUGAUUUAAGCAGCUUUUGAAGUCUGCUUUUGUAUUAAUUCAUCAUUGCAAAAAGCUAUUCAUAAUGCUCAGAUACAUACAGUCUAUAGCAGCGGUCCCCGAUCUUUUGGAUUAGGAUUUGCUGUCCAAAUUGUUUGCCUCUUUAGAUGGUCCUUACUUUACAACAGUAACUAGGAUUGGAUUUCUGCUGCUAAGCUAUGUGUCAGGCUUGUCUCAGCUUGGGUAUUUAGGAAAGAAAGGUCCUCAACUCCAUAUGUAGCAAAAGGUAUACUUUUACAAAAGCCAAGUGAUUAUGGUAUAAGCAAAGCUGGAUCUGAAUAUUCCUGCUCAAAACCUGCCUUUUCCCCAUUUCCCGGGCCCUCCCCCACGUGAUGAGUUCAUAGGUGUCCAGUGACAUUUGAAUCUGGUGUUUUGGUAACCACUUUAGAUUUGGUGCCUCUUUGGUGGUACUUUUGCAUUCUGUUCUCACGCUCAUGUCCUUGGAUGUGCUGGUCUCUUCUGGAUUGGCACCUCUGAUUCCUGUUAUCCUGUCAUCCCUCCCUCCCGCAUUUUAUGGCAGGAUGCCAGCUAAGCGAAGCAAGCUGAUGCAUUUACGAUGGCAGACCUGAUACAAUGCAUUUGUAAAUCUCUGUUGUCAUCAUUAAAUGAGGAUUGUGGGUGAUUGUGCAACUUCCUGCCAGCUUUCAACAAGCAAAGUCAAUGGGGAAACUAAUAGGAAAUUGCAAAUCAUGGUUAGGACAAGCCGUUCUUUAGGUUGCACAUUAGUAUUGCAGGUGAGUGGUAUGGAAUGUGCCGAGGUUACAUGGAUCCCUAACUUUUCCACUGUGUCUCCACUCUUGGUUCAAAUUGGACUACGAUUCCCAAUCUUGUUUCUUGGUUUGAGGAAGAGAAUUCUUCUUUCAUUACCUUGAAGCAAACUCUGUCAACUGCACCAGCAUAUACAUUCCAUAGUUAUUGUAAAUCCUUUUACGCUAUUUCAUGCUUAGCAGGGCAUUGCCUCAGGAGUACUAAUUCAGCUUAUGGGUCCUGGGCAAUGGCCUGUGGCUUACUAUUCUUUGAAACCUGAUCGGAUAGCAGCUGGAUGCCCAUAGUGUUUGCAAUUGACAGCAGUUGCUGCCCUUCAGCUGGGGUGUGCUCAAGAUAUUCUUUUGAACCAUUCCAUGACCUUGCUAGUUCCACAAGCAAUAGAAAAUUUGCUGCUUUCUCAAAAUACCCACUAUAUCUCCAUUCAGUUUUUACUUAGUAUGAGAAACUUUUGCUGCUAAUAUGACUCUCAAGCUCUAUCAGACUUUAAAUACUGCUCCCCCCUUCCUGAUUGUGGGGCAGUAGCAAGCACUGUUUCUACUUCUGGUCUUGACCUCAUUGAAGACCCAUGACAUCACCUCACCUGGGAGCUAUGAGUCAUCUUUUUUAAGAGGAUGGUUGAUGGUGCUCUGACUACUCUGUUAUCAUCAAGCUUUUGUGAUAGAGGCUCAUGCUCUGGCCACAAUUAUAUCUGAUAAGAUUACAGAGUUUGUUGCUCUAACUUGUAUUUACACCCUAGCAGCAAGUUUCUCAGUGGCCAAUGGCCAUCUGCACUAACUCCAGUAUGCUUUUGAUAUUUGGUCAGAUUUUGGUAAUUAAGGGCUUUCCCCUUUCUAGAUACCUCUUUGUUAAUACAGCUGUGGCUUCCCUACUGUAAUUUCUGUUUCCUCUUGCUGGGAUGACAAGGACACCCAUCUUUAGCAUAAGGUAACUAUUUGGAUUAGGCUGUGGCCAAAUAUCUGCUAUUUCUGGUUUUUUGUUUCCCCUCUCAGUCCUUCUGCUGUUGAAGUUUUGGCCUUUUCUUCUCCAGUCUGUCCUUUUUCUGGAACAAUGCCUUCUGUUUCCUGAAGAGGCUGCUUGGAAACACUUGCCCCCCCCUUCUAAUGGCAUUUAAUGGAUUGCUCAUGCCCCCUCCCCCUCUACUUCUUUAGAUUACACUGCAAAUUUUGACAUAUUGGUGUGUCUCAAACAAGUUGCAUAGCAAGUGGUCGACAGCUGUGGGGUAUGUGCAGAACUCAGCCUACACCCUCUUAACUGCUGUCACCAGCACUUCCCCUUGGAUGCAUGGACCAUUCCAGUCUUUGCAACUUCAUUUCAUGGAUAUGCCUUCUUAUAUUGCCACCUACUGAUUGUAAUGGGGCACCUUUUCAAGCCUUUCCUACUUCUAUGGCCAACACUGUAGCAGUAGUAAAGUACUUACAAAAGAGAUCAUUCCACAACAUGACUGCUCUUUCAUAAUAAGAGAGAUGGUGGUCUACAGUUUGCUGGCCACUUAAAAAAAAAACAUAUCCAAGGCUUUGGGAACCAAGAAGAAGCUCCACGCUCCUGAUUACCCAAUUUCUAAUGAAUUGAUAGAGAGACCAGCUGACUAUAACGACUCAAUUGGCCAAAUUCUAUACUGAAAUGGGAUUAAAUUGGGUAGAGUACCUGCCAUAUGCUCUCAUAUUCAUGUAGCCAUCAAGCCAAAUAAUGGAUCUCUUUAUUUGGUAGGGUCUUGCCACUAGAUGCUAUGUACCUUGAAGCUUGUACCUCUCUGCUGGGAAAUCACAAUCUUCAGGUUUUUUUUUUAAAAAAUGUAUUCUUGCCAGAAAUUCACAGUCCAGCCUGUACCCCUCAAUUAACCCAGUGCACUCCAUCCAGCCAGGUGUUUGGUUCUGCUUAAGAGACUCUGAUGCAAGACCUUUCUGGAAUCAAGGAGGGGAAAAUGUGUAUAUCUUGUUCUGCUUACCACCAAGACUUAAUAAAUGUGCAAAGGAAAGAGGUCCGAUACAAUUGGACCCAAAUGAAAAGGAUUACCUUACUGGCAGGGAAGAUGCAAAGAGAACAGCAGAUCAACCUAGAAAAAGCUGACUGCCAGGCAUUCACUGGUUGUAGAGAUCAGAACAAUCUAGGAACUCCUUCUGUUGAUGCAAACCGGGCUGUUUCAUAUCUCCUGUAUUUUUAUCUGCAUAGUGACCAAUGCAUACAACCACAGAUCCUGGAAUCAAAAUCAAUAAUUAGGCAACAUUAUAAUUCUGUGUCCCUUCUUAGUGAGUAUUGCUAUCUUUGAUCUUUAAGACAUUUGCUUUCAUCUGCUAACUUCUUAUCAUGCAAGCUAUCUAUUAGAUUUUUUUUUAUCCUGGCUUUGUUACUUUAUAAGUAACUCAAGAUAGCGAAGAUACCUAAUAGUCCUUCAUCCUCCUAUUUCCCCCACAACAUCAACCCUGUAAGGUGGGUUGGGCUGAAAGAUAGUCAUCCAGCUGGAAAAUUGAUUUUUCUUAAAAAUUGCUGGACUACUGGGAAAGGAUGGAGUCUAGAAGCAUCUGUACGCUGACGACACUCAGCUGUACUUUUCCACCCCGGACCACCCCAAUGAAGCUAUCGAAGUGCUGUCCC